AGCCCCGUACUAAACGGUAAAUUUCAAAGAAUUGUUCACGUGUUUUCCGCUGUUUCGUUUAAUUGUUAAUUGUUCAUAUUCAGUGUAUAUCUAAGGAUAAUGAAAUUGCCAAUCGCCUUCGGGCUGCUAUGCCUCUGGCCCGUUCUAAUCGGUCGGUGCCAGUCGACGGACAAAAAGGCGGAGAUUGCCAAACUGCGCAGCGAACUGAGCGAUGCCCUGGAGGCCAGCGAUGUGGGACCGCCAGGAGUCAUCACACAGCCAGUGUGGACGAAGCAGGCACAAGGCGCUCCUAUCCCAGCGACAGCCGGCAAGGUGAUUGUGGAUCAAGCGGCCUUGAGGAGUGCCGCUGCCGUUCGGGACGAGAUCCAGAAGGCUGUGGCCCAGCAAGGACAUACCCAAGAAGUGCUGCAGCUGGAUGCGGCUCUUAAGGCGGCGAGCAGCGCCCAGGCGGGCUCUACCUUGGGCGAUGCGCGCCAGGAGAUGCUGGGCGCAAGCCAGGACCCCGAGGACGCGGGACCCGGGCAGCCGAAUGUGGUGGAAUCGCAGGUGGACACGCCUGGCAUAGAUCUGGAGCAGCUGCAGCGCGUCGAACUGUCAAAGCGUAGGACCCGCGACCUUCUUGUGCUUAGUCGCAUCGAAGAGGACCUACACUUCACCCUCGGCGCCGAUGUGGACCAGUGGCUGUCUGUGCUGGCCAAUGGCAGUGCCUAUCUUGUGGGCCUGCAGCCUGGGGGCUUCCUGGUGCUCAACAAAGACUUCUCGACCUUGCAAACAGUGCCGCUGACUGCUCCCAUUGACGCGAUGAUUAGCAUCGAGCGCUGGAGCAUCCGCACCCACCUGCAGGAGGGUCUGUUGGUGGUCGCCUCCCAGCACCAGCUUCUCUGGCACCGCCUGGAGCCGGGCCGAGGCCUGGUGCCCUUCUGGCACUGGCCCCUGGGCAGCCCGGCCACUAGGCUGUCGAUCUUCAGUCUGGAGGGUCGCGACUUCAUCGUACUGGCCGGCAAUCGCACCCUGAACGUCUACUCCUACGACCUGGAGGCGGAGGAGUUCUGGAUCGCCCAGCGCCUGCAGCUGCCAGAGACGAUAACAGCCAUGGCCGUGCUGGACACUGGCCGGGAUCUGCUUUUGGCCGUGGGACAAACGGACCAGGCCUUCAUCUAUGCCUACAAUCCGCGAGAGCGUCCGAUUGGGGAUGCGGGGCUACAGCUGCAGCUUCACCAGAGGGUGGAGGCGCCUCAGGUGGCGACUAUUGCCGCCUUCCAGAUGGGUGGACGCAGCUACCUGGCCUUGGGCGGACAGCGACCCCAGAUCCUAGCCCAUGUGCAGGGCCAGCUCUUGCCGCGGACGAUUCUGGGUCAGAAUUUCGGCUUCGUGGAGUUCUUUCUGCCCGUGCCGGUGCGUAGCUAUCGGGACGAUCUCUUGCUGCUCGUGCAGCAUCGCGUCACCUUCGACACGCACACGCUGCUCGUCCUGGAGGUGCUCAUAUGGACGGGCGAGGCUUUCGAGGCGGGCCUGCCGCCUCCGUGCGGAAUCAACGACCAGCACAUCACCCACGGUGCCGGUUGCAUGCUGGACCACGAGCGGGAGGCUGGCCUGAUUGGAGCAGCGCUGAUUCGGCAGCAGGACCAUCCGCCGCUGAUGCUGGUGCCCCGCCGUCAGGCACCGUCGGGGCUCUUUCGCCUGGAGACGCAGCUUCUGCCACGGAAUUCGGAGGCAAAGGAUUUGCAGGAGAUACAACAGUUCAUGCGAGAGUGGGUGGAGGAACAGGACGCUAUAAUCCGCCUAGUCGAAGCACAGCUGCGUUCGCCCCUGCCUUUGGAGAAGGAGUUCGAGGAGAUCCACGCCCCUCAGGUGAUCAACGAAGGCGGUGACAUCCUGGAGCUCUUCGUCAACGAUGCCCGCUGGACGGCUGACGAUGCGGCCAUCGAUCUGCGCCAGCUUCUGCAACAGAUCCGCCUGCUCGAGCAAGAGCUGCAGGCAUCAGCAGCUCCAAGGCGGCCCAAACGCCAGCCUGAGGCGCUCUACAACUUCCACUAUGAUCUCCUGGAGGUGGACAGCGUCGAUGCGGAUAUCCUCGUCCUGGACAAGUUGAACCACGUGCCGUUCUACGUCCGAAACAGGUCCUUAUACUUUCCUGAAGGGUCGCUCAAUGUCCAGCGCCUGGAGCUGCUGCAGGCCCCAACGGAGCAGCUUCCCGCCGAGGGAUCUGAGUCGCAUGAGCGCCUGAAGAUGGACGGGAACCUGGAGUACGAGAGCAUCAACGGCUUGGAUUGGACCCAAUUGCUACAGGAGCUGGUGUGGCGGCAUCGGCCACUGCAGCUCUCCCAGCUUCAUGUGCAGGGCGCUGUCAUAUUCGAAGAUGCACUGCAUCUGAGCUCGCUGAACGAGCUCCGUUUCCCCGAGGAUUACUUGUGGUCUCAGGGGAAUGGCACCACCAUCGUCCAGGCACCCAAGGAGUUCACCCAGACCCUCUCCGCUAAUGUCGUGGACACGACAGGAACCAUCAAUGAGAUGCGGCCAGAGGAUGCCAUUAGCCUCAGCGAUGCCCAGGAUUGGCCGGGUUUUGUCACCUUCUCCCAACUGGAGGUAUCCGAGGAACUGGAGCUCAAUGGCACUGCCCAGGGCAGGCAGUUCGAGGAGGCGCCCCUGAAUCCCACUCUCCUAGAAUCGCACCACAUCCGCUCCGACUGCCAUUUCGCACAGCUAUUCGUCCAGGGGCCGCUCCAUUUGCGUGGCUUGCUGGACAACGACAGCUACGACUCUCUGCUGGGCGAUCUGCUGCAGCGUUCGCCCGAUCCCGUGCAGGAGCUGUUUGUGGGGGGUGCCAAGCGUGUGGUGGGACAGCUCACGCUGCCUGUGGACACCCAUGUGGCGGAUGGAAAACUGAGCGGCAUCCCACUGCAGCACUUUGUGACCAAGCACACGAAUCAGGUGCUCCGAAAUCUAACGCAUCUGCAUGGAUACGUUUACUUCUAUCGGCUGCAGCUUGCCGAGGGCGCCACCUACGAUGGAGUCCAUCUGGAGAAGCUCCUGGCCGAAUCCUUGCGGCUGGACGGGCCCUCCCUUAGUUCUCCCGGCACCCGGCUACGCUUUGAGGGCCCUCCACCGGAUAUGGCCGGAGGACUGCGCCUGGAGCACAGCCUCAAUCAGGUGCCGCUGGCCAGUGGCUAUCAGACGCUCCGCGAGCCCCUACACUUAAGCCGCGUCAGCUUUCAGCGCCUGGACGCCGAACAGGCACAAGUGUCCCGCGAUGUGAUCGGAUCGGGGCUACUUAAUGGCCGCCAUCUGGGCGACGUGCUGCAGGAGGAGCCGCACAGCUGGUCCGGAGAGGUGCACGUACAGGAAUUGAUCUUGCCGCAGGGCGUACAGGCGCAAGAGCUGCAGGGAGUACGGGCGGACCUGAUGCUCGAUUUCCUGCAGCAGCUGGACGAGCUGCCACUGCUGAUCCUGCAGGGCCAGCUGCAGGUGGAGCGAAUUGCCGUCAGCGGAUCGGUGCAGGUCGAAGGUCCGCUCAACGGUCGCGAUUUGGACCAUCUGCAGCGGGAGGUGAUUUGGCUGGACCGCCCCAACGAGAUGCGAACGCGCUGGCGCCUCCAGGAGCCACCAGUAUUCGCCGGCGAUCUGCACAUUCUGGGCAGCUUCAACGAGCUACUGCUCCCUGAGCUCCUCGAUGACAUUGUGUUCCGUUCGGAUGGGGAUCAGGAUGUGGUCAUCGAGGGAACCAAAAGCUUCACUUCUCCCCUCCGCGUGGCCGACGAACUGCACCUAGAGGCACUAAACGGUGUACCCUUCGAGCGGUUGGCCAACAGGCGGCACCCGUUGAACCUCACUGGCAAUGUUCGUCUCCAGGGCCGCCUCCAUGUGGCUGCAGUGCAGCUCGAGGGUGCGCUGAACAACGAUCCGCGGGCCAUGGGCCAGCUGGAAGAGCUGCUGCGCUGGGAUCCCGUCUGGCAGGACUUCGUGCAGCGCGGAAGAGUGGUGCUUCUGCCUGGUGGUGCGUCUAUGCCGCUGGAAGACCUCACAGUCCUAGGCCACUUGGGAAAUCUCAGCCAGGAGCCGGUGCAGCAUCUCUUCGAGCAAAUGAUUUUCAGACAAGAACCGCACAUCCGUGUCGAGGGUCACAAGAUCUUCACGGGACGCGUGAGCAUCCCAGACGGGGCUCACAUUCGCCAGCUGAACGGACUCGACCUGGAGCAGCUACUCAGUCAGCUCAUCUUCAUCGAUGGACAGGAGGAGGUGAUUGUGGAAACACCCGUCCAAUUUGCGGCGCCCGUCCAGGCGGAUCGGCUGCUGGCCGAUCGUCUCCUGCUGACGGGACAGCUCCUAAAUGGAUGCAAUGUGACGGAAUGGCUGCUAGAUACCGUACGCGUGGAUCGCGACUGGCAGGGUCCUCAAACUCCCAUCACUUUUGCCGAUGGAUCACUGGAUCACAAUUCCUUGGAGGUGGAACAGCUGAAUCACGUGAAUCUGUCGCGUUUGGUUACCCUGCACACGGAACAGCACCUUCUGGAGCCGCUUCUGGCAGAGGAGCUGCUGCUCGAUGGGAUGAUGCAAGUGCAAGGGCUGGUCAAUGCCCGCAAUCUCUCCCAGGAAUAUGCCAAUACCUUGAGGAUUAAUUCUCCGGAGCCGCAGAGAGUGGAGACACCCCUGCUGCUGUCGGGCAUCCAUGUGCGGGGUCCCCUGCAGGUGAAUGUACCCAUCAAUGGCGAUGCCAGCCUCAAUCUGAGCGAUGUGGCCAGCCUGGAGGAGCCUACGAUACGCCUGCAGUCACCGGUCUUUUUUAGCAGACUGCAUGCCCCCCAGCUGAGGGCCAGGCAGCGGCUCAACGCCUUCGAUUUCGUGGACUGGCAUGAGCGGAGUCUGUGGGCACGCGGCAGGACUGAGCAGACAAUCACGGGCAACUGGCGGGUGAAGCAGCUCAGAGUCAAGCAGGCGGAUGACAGCGACAUUAGAUACCGCCGCCAGACAAUGGAACAGAUGGAGGAGCAAUACCGAAAGCUGUGCCAGCGACUCUCAAAGAUGUUCGGCUCUCUGAGUAUUCCCUAUCAAGUGCAGAAGCUGAGGCGCAGCUUCACGCUGCGGCAACCCAAGCGAAACGAGGAUGUGAGACGUAUCUUUGGCCUGGACGCGGCCGUUCAGGCUGGCGGCAGAGGUGGCAUUUUUCUGCUGGUAAACGAGAUGGGCUGUUGGACGCGUAUCCAUCGCUGGAAUGGCACUCGUUUUGCCCAUGCCGGAGCCUUUCAGAGCGGACCCGUGGACGAAGUGAUUGGCCUUCAGCUGAAGAACAAUAGCGGACGGGACUUUGCCUUUAUGACAAGCCACGAGAUGGAUGAGGGAGAGCACGAGUCCACCUGGAACUGCACGGGCGCCAGCGUCCUCCAGAGCUGGCAAACGGAUGGCGAACAGCAGGAGACGGAGCCCUUGGCGAUACCAGUGGAAACGCUCCAGGAUCUGAAAGAGAAGCAAAAGGAGCUCCAGAAGCGGCCGCUUCCCAGCUAUCAGGAGGCCAUCAAGUACUUGCAGCGUCCGGCCGUCGAGUCCGAGCUGGGACCGCACUGGGGUCGGAGGAAGGAGAUCGGUCCAGAGGAGCUGCACGCGCUAAGGCGCCGUCUGCUGGAGACCCUCAGCUUUCGGCUGCAGACCGAAGUGAACAUCACGCAGCUGAGCAUACCCGAGAGCGACCUGUACGACGACCAGCUGGUCGAGGAUUUUCUGCAAUUGAUGACGCAGCUUCAGGGCUUCCGGCCCCGCCUCCAGACGGACACGUUGCCCCUGCCCGACAGUCCGGCCCGGGUCCUGGCCGCCCGCAGUGCCCAGCUCAUCUGGCCCGUGCUGCAAGAGCUCCGAGUGAUUGGUGGUGACGGCGGGUCGGGUGCAGAAGAGGAGCUGGCCCUGGAGGAGACCCUUCUGGAUGUCCUCGAGGUGGCCAACAACAGCAGCUCUGAACAGACCUCCCAGCUGCAUGCGGUGAUUGGCAGGCUGCGCCAACUGCAAGAGCAGCUACAGCGGAAAGAUGGGGAACCGAUGGCGUCUGCUUCCAGCCGUGCUCCCGACCAGACGCUGCCCCACCCGACGCUGCAAUGGCGGCCAGUGCAGACGCUACGCCUCCAUGUGGGCCCCAAGAAUCGCUCCCGGCUGCUCUAUGCGCGCCUCACCCUCUUGGACACCCCCGAGGGCCGAGGAUCACCAACAACACCUUCGACCGCGCCACCCGCCCACAUCCAGCUGCACCAUGCCAACGGAUCGCUCUUCCAGUCCCUUGCCGCCGACCGCCAGGCCAGGCAGCUGACUGCCCUGCGGGUACGGGACGAGACACUCCUGGCCUUCGUCGAGGGCUGCUGCCAGAUACGCGUAUUUAUCUACCGCGGAGUCCAGGGCUUUGUGCCCUUCGCCCGCUUCCGCGCCCACAAAGCGGAUGAGGAGUCGCCAGUGCUGCAGCUGCUCGCUAUACGUCUGCCGCUUCAGCGUCCACCCGGAUCAGUCUAUGCCCUGGCCGUGGCGCAGGCCCGGCGGAUAACUUUCUACGAGCUGGUCAUCGCAGGGCUACUGGAGCCAUGGCUGAAGUGUAAUUGAAUGAGAAAAUCCAACCGGAACGGAUAUAUAUGUUACUUGUUAUUCCGUACAAUACUCGUGUCUAGAUGAUGGAACAGGCGUUCCUCCAUUCAUUGUCAGCUCUAAGGUCUGAUUAGAUCUUUCCCUGAUCAGAAAAUAUGUGAGUAUACAUUACAAUAGAUGUUAUGAAUUGUAAGCAUUAAGAAUUAUAGGAACAAUCUUUGCAACACUUAUCCUUUUAAAAUUAAGGUUAAUCAUCAAAGAUGCACAGAAUGUAAUAUUUACGUUAGUUAUUCCUUGUUCCAUAAAUCUAUCCUCCCGGAUUUGUUUCUGUU